AGACACACCGAGGUGAAAGGUCGCACACGUGGGCCGUGGGUCCGAGUGGCAGCUUUCUUCUAUAGUGAACAUGCCGACAGUUCGCGACAGGAAUCUAAAGAAGCUUCGCAGGAUGAAGCAGAAAGCCAGGCAGAAGGUCAAAGCUAAGAUGAACGACAGACAACCUGACGAAAUAGCCAGUGAGGAGGUGGAAGAAGUGAAAGGAGUGGAGGAGAAGGUGGUAGAUGUUGGAGGAGGUAGUGGGGAGAGGGAAGAGGGGGAGGGGGAGAGGAUGAAGGGGAGGAAGAGGAAGACGGAGAAGGGAGAAGGAGUUGGGAAGAGAAAGAAGAUCAAGGGAACUGAGAACGAGGAAGAAGAAGAAGAGGAGGAGAAAGAGGUAGAGUGUGAGGAGAAUGAAGGACAGACAAGUGAAGACGAUGAAAAGCAGAAAGGAAUUGGACAAACUGUUAGGAAGAGGAGAGGUGACAGAAGAAGACCGGCUGUUCUCCUCUCUGUCUGACGUGGUGUCCGACAAGACACUGCAAGCCAUCGGAGAGAUGGGGAUUCACUCACAUGAUGGAGAUUCAGUACAGGUCCAUCAGACCACUACUGCUGGGCAAAGACCUGAUGGGAGCUGCCAGGACUGGCAGCGGAAAGACACUCGCGUUUCUCAUACCUGCCGUCGAGUUGCUCUACAAACUCAACUUCAUGCCAAGAAAUGGCACAGGAGUGAUAAUCAUCUCACCAACUCGAGAACUCUCGCUCCAGACGUACGGAGUUGUCACCGAUCUUGUGUCCCGUCAUCACCACACCCACGGGAUCGUCAUGGGCGGAGCCAACCGCAAGGUGGAGGCGGAGAAACUGAGCAAAGGGGUUAAUCUCUUGGUGGCCACGCCCGGGCGGCUUCUAGAUCAUCUCCAGAACACACAGGGGUUUGUCUACCACAGCCUCCAGUGUCUGGUGAUCGACGAGGCUGACCGGAUUCUUCAGAUCGGCUUCGAGGAAGAGAUGAGACAAAUCAUCAAACUCCUGCCCCGGAAGCGACAGACGGUGCUGUUCUCUGCGACGCAGACCAAGAACGUGGAGGAUCUCGCCAGGAUAUCUCUGAGGAAGGCUCCUCUCUAUGUCGGAGUUGACGACGACAAGGAGACCUCCACUGUGGACGGACUUGAACAAGGUUAUGUGGUGUGUCCGUCGGAGCAACGAUUUCUUCUUCUCUUCACGUUCUUGAAGAAGAACAGAGACAAGAAGAUGAUGGUGUUUCUAUCUUCCUGCAACUCCGUCAAGUUCCACGCCGAGCUGCUCAACUACAUCGAUAUACCUGUCAUGGAUAUACAUGGACGUCAGAAGCAGCAGAAGAGAACGUCGACGUUCCUAGAGUUCUGUCAGGCGUCGUCGGGCACCCUCAUCUGUACGGACGUGGCGGCCAGAGGACUGGACAUACCGGAAGUGGACUGGAUUGUCCAGUACGACCCUCCGGACGAUCCCAAGGAGUACAUCCACAGGGUGGGUCGCACCGCCCGGGCGGGGGGCCGAGGUCACGCCCUCCUCAUGCUCCUCCCCGAGGAACUCACAUUCCUGAAAUACCUCAAACAGGCAAAGGUACCACUGAAUGAGUACGAGUUCCCCGACCAAGAAACUGAGCAACGUACAGUCUCAGCUGGAGAAAUUGAUUGAGAAGAACUACUACUUACAUCGGUCUGCCAGAGACGCCUAUCGCUCCUACCUUCAGGCCUAUGCGUCCCAUUCUCUAAAGGCAGUAUUCAACGUAGAGAGAUUGGAUCUGCAGAGAGUUGGGAAGGCUUUCGGAUAUGCCAUUCCUCCUACUGUCUCGUUAGCCAUCCAUAGCAGCAGUAAGGGAAGAUCUCGCAGAACCAACGCCAGUUCCUAUGGUUACCAGGGCAAGAACGCAGAGAAGAGGAAAAAGUUUCAAAAAUACAAAAAUGUUGACAAACGUCAAUUCUCCAGACACUAAAGUCUUUAUUAGACAGUUACGAUCAUAAAUUUGCUGUUUUUAUAACGAUGCAACAAGUAAACCAUGAUUGUAUUACGAAGACAUAAAACGCAUGUCUAAUUGUUUGU